AAAAACAGUAUUUCGGGUUGAAUCCGGAGCUCCGAAAAAAACCCGGAUCCUUAACCCGUGUUGUGUUUAUUUUUCGGUCGUAUUCAUCAGAUUAUUUACGGUGUUGCCACUACUACUAUUUACUGAGAACCCAAUCUUAUCCGAGAAAUCGGAAAGAGCAGAAGAAAUUUGCAGAAGAGAGAAAAACAAAAAUGGCGGUUCUUUGCUCGUCUUCGACGGUGAUACUCUCUUCUUCUUCCGUGAAAUCCUCCGGAAGUGAGAGAAAGUCUCCGUUUUUAGGGUUCUCUUUAACGGCUAUCUCGAAGCCGUCGGUACGAGUCGGCAUUUAUGCGAAUUCGAAAAGAGGAUUGCAAGUGAAGUGUGAAGCUGAGCCGACGACGACGACUUCUCUUGUUCCGGCGAAUCAACGAUGGAUGUUCGACGAAGAAGAAGCUAAUGGCCCUGACAUCUGGAACACGACAUGGUAUCCAAAAGCUUCAGACCAUGUGAACACGGACAAGCCCUGGUUUGUGGUUGAUGCAACUGACAAAAUUCUUGGUAGAUUGGCAUCGACAAUUGCUAAUCACAUCCGUGGGAAGAAUCUUGCCUCUUACACUCCUAGUGUCGACAUGGGAGCUUUUGUGAUUGUGGUGAAUGCUGAGAAAGUUGCUGUAUCUGGAAAGAAGCGUAACCAAAAGCUGUACAGGAGGCAUUCAGGACGACCUGGUGGUAUGACAGUAGAGACAUUUGAUCAAUUGCAGCAGAGAAUUCCUGAAAGAAUCGUUGAGCAUGCUGUUCGUGGAAUGCUUCCAAAGGGACGGCUUGGGAGAGCUCUGUUCAAUCACCUGAAGGUGUACAAAGGCCCUGACCAUCCUCACGAGGCCCAGAAACCGCUUGAUCUGCCUAUCAGGGACAAGAGAAUACAGCUGCAAAAAUAGAAGCUCCACCACUGUUCCAUUAUCGCCAAGCGCAGAGAGUUUUUUCUUCUCAGGUUUCUGUAGUUUCUUCAUCCCAAAACCAGAGGAGGCUUUACAGAUUCUUGUUUUCGCUUCUAUCAACUCUGUUAUGCUACAAAACUUUCUAAUUUGAAAUAUUUCUCGUUAUUUUUUUUUGCUACUGAAUAUCUUCUUCAACAUGAAAAAGAUGACAUGUAAUGAAUACAAAUGCCAUAAGCAACAGUAGUCACCAUUAACAAAAACUUCCUCUUCAAUUGGUAACAAACCUUCCCAAUGAGAUCACAGAUGCAAGGAAAAUCUAAUAUUCAUGCCUUAAUCGAGUCAUUACUUAAAACUGAAAUUUUUAAUGCUGGAUCCAAAAUUUGAAUGUUAAAUAUACAUAAUAAUAGGAAAUACAAUUUGAAUGUUUGGAAUCGCUAACGACUAAUGCUAGAUCCAAAAUCCGGUUAGUAUUCA